CUUUCAGCUGGAUCGGCCACACAAAGCUCAACCCGCCCAUCUCCUUGUAAACCCAGAGAACUUCAUUCCCCAUGUUGAAACUCGUCGGUGGAGGUGGCGGGCAGGACUGGGCAUGCUCAGUGGCGGGGACAGGUCUGGGAAGCGAGGAAGCUCCACUUGAAGUCGCAGGGCCUAGGGAUCAGGGGGAGGCGAACUGCGGGGUUCCCGGCCGGGGCAGCGCUAGUCCAGAUUCGGCGCCCCGGGCCGGCAUGCUCCGGAGCUGCGCGGCCGGCCCGGCGCGCAGGGGGCAGGGCGCGGAGGAAGUGGGGGAGUCGUCGGGAGGAGGGGAGGAGCGCCUGGCUCACCAUCCCCCGGCGCCGGCUUUGCGGCCGCCGAAUCGGAAGGCGCAGGGAGGAUCUGAAGCAAUAAAGACGACCGAGAAUGACCUCCAGCGGGGCCUCCUGAGCCGAGGCCCGUGCGCUGCGCCGCCAGUCCCGGGUAUGGGGGACCGCGGAGCGCAGCCGGAGCGCGCGGGCGCACACUCGCCAGGGGACUCCGUGUACACCGGCGCCGCCGCCCUCAACGGGCUGCUGCACAACGGCUUCCACCCGCCGCCAGCCUGCAGCCGAGGCGCCGCGGGCUGCGGCGCCGCGGCGCCCCCACGCCUCGCGGGGCUGGCGGAGCUCCAGCCGCAGCCGCAGCUCCCUCAGCAUGACUCUCCAGCCAAGAAGUGCCGGCUGCGGAGAAGGAUGGACUCGGGGAGGAAGCAUAGGCCGCCGUUCCCGUGGUUCGGCAUGGAUAUCGGUGGAACUCUGGUUAAGUUGGUCUACUUUGAACCGAAGGAUAUUACAGCCGAAGAGGAACAAGAGGAAGUAGAGAACCUGAAGAGCAUCCGGAAAUAUUUGACUUCUAACACAGCCUAUGGAAAAUCCGGGAUCCGAGAUGUCCACCUGGAACUGAAAAACCUGACUAUGUGUGGGCGCAAAGGAAACCUGCACUUCAUUCGCUUUCCCAGCUGUGCCAUGCACACGUUCAUUCAGAUGGGCAGCGAGAAGAACUUCUCUAGCCUCCACACCACCCUCUGUGCCACGGGAGGCGGGGCUUUCAAGUUUGAAGAGGACUUCAGAAUGAUCGCUGACCUGCAGCUCCAUAAACUGGAUGAACUGGACUGUCUGAUUCAGGGUCUGCUUUAUGUUGACUCUGUUGGCUUCAAUGGCAAACCGGAAUGUUACUAUUUUGAAAAUCCCACAAAUCCCGAAUUGUGUCAAAAAAAGCCGUACUGCCUUGAUAACCCAUACCCUAUGUUGCUGGUUAACAUGGGAUCAGGUGUCAGCAUUUUAGCAGUGUACUCCAAGGACAACUACAAAAGAGUUACAGGGACCAGUCUUGGAGGUGGAACAUUCCUAGGCCUAUGUUGCUUGCUGACUGGUUGUGAGACCUUUGAAGAAGCUCUGGAAAUGGCAGCUAAAGGCGACAGCACCAAUGUCGAUAAGCUGGUGAAGGACAUUUACGGAGGAGACUAUGAACGAUUUGGCCUUCAAGGAUCUGCUGUAGCAUCAAGCUUUGGCAACAUGAUGAGUAAAGAAAAACGAGAGUCGAUCAGCAAGGAAGACCUUGCCCGGGCCACGCUGGUCACCAUCACUAAUAACAUCGGCUCCAUCGCCCGGAUGUGUGCACUGAAUGAGAAUAUUGACAGAGUUGUGUUUGUUGGGAAUUUCCUCAGAAUUAAUAUGGUCUCUAUGAAGCUGCUAGCAUAUGCCAUGGAUUUUUGGUCCAAAGGACAGCUGAAAGCUCUGUUUUUAGAACAUGAGGGCUAUUUUGGAGCUGUUGGGGCACUGUUGGAACUGUUCAAAAUGACAGAUGACCAGUAGAGAUGAGCAGAGUUGGAGUGGGCUCCAGCGAGCACAGAGAACUGACAGUUGCUGCUGGAGAAGGUGGAGAUUGCUAUGGAACGGAAGCCAAGCCAUUAUGGCAGAUUGAACCUGCUGGAUUUGUAAAUAAUUGAAAAUCCUUCUAGCUGAUCUUUUAUUCUUAGGUUUUGAGCGUAUGAUUCAAAAUGGGGCAUAGAAGAGUUUUUUCUGUAUACUGUAUUUUUUAAAAAAAAUUUUUGUGCAGCGUGGCCAAACCUACCAAUUUUAUGUAUUAACUUUGAAAAAUUGUUUGAUGCCUAAGAAGGACCUGAAAUGUAAGUGCUGUUCAUUUUUCUUCUGGGGUUUACUGAUCAGUGUGAUAAUUUUAACUUCAUUUAGUAAUUACUCUAGGAGAUUUUACUUUACUUAUAUUUUUCAUGACGUUUCAUGAUUCACUGUUGGUUUCAAAUGAAACUGCAAAUCUGGCAUGUUUUACUGUGAACACUAUUUUUGUUUGUUUGUUUAUCCUUCUUUUGUUUUUUUUCUGUGUGAAUGUCUCAUGGGGGAGAAAAGAACCCUUCCCCGUUUGUACCCUCGAAUGCUUUCCUCCCCCUUUCCCAUAGCUUCUCUUUAAUGUAAUUGUUCAUAUCAACCAAGGUGCUGACCAACUCCUUAAAAAAUUUAAUACCCAAUUUAAGGUCUUAAGAAUGCCCAUAAAGAGAAGACUCAAGAAAUAUUAAUAAACUUAAUAAGUUUGGCAGAAAAUUAAAACUACCUGAAAUUUUAUUUUAUCCCUUAUAAAUGCAGUGUUUCAUUGGAUUUAUUUUAUGCUACAUUAUGUUAAAUUGAAAUAUUUUGCGAUAAAAUGCCCUUACUGACAUAUACAUAUAAAUGACAUCAAAUCCUUGUGCAAGAAGUUUGGAAAUCUCCCAGUAGCUCAAUUAUUUGUAAGAUUUAGGGGAAAUCAUGAUUUGAGGUAUCAACUAGUAAUAACCAUCUGUUUUGUAUAUGUAUGUACCUAGGAGCUUUGUAACAAGACAUCUUAAAUAAUAAUGUUAAUGUCCUCUUUAUUUUUAAUAUUUUAAACUAAAAACUGGACCUUAAUGCCAGUUUCUAAAAUUAAAAAUUAAUCUAUGCCACUAAUCUCCAUAAUUUUUGAAAGAUUCCACUAACUUUCAAAUGAGGGUCUUGUUCACAGAUUGGAACACACGAGAUCUAAUGAUCUGAGUUAUCGCUGAAAGGGAUUUUUAAGGGCAGUGAAAUUGCUCCAUGAGGAAUCUUCCUUUUUCUGCCUUCUGAGCACCAUCUUUAAUUUCCAUAUCUUUAAAUCUUGAAGUUGAUACUAAUUGAGAAAUUGACUUGUCUGGGUGAAAUAAAGCCUGUUUCUGUUGUGAUGUG